AUGACAAUGAGGUCGGCAGAGCGCCUGACGGAGGGGCUGGAGAAGCCUUCUCUGGAUGACCGCUCUUACAGGGUUAUUCAGCUGCCUAAUAAGCUUGAGGCUCUGCUGGUUCAUGACCCGGAGACGGACAAGGCUGCUGCGGCGAUGGACGUUCACGUGGGAAGCUUCAGUGACCCGGCAGAUUUACAGGGUCUUGCUCACGGGCUGGAGCACAUGCUGUUCAUGGGAACUGAAAAGUAUCCCGUAGAGAACGCAUACAACCAGUACCUGGCGUCUCACUCCGGGUCAUCUAAUGCCUAUACCGCCGGUACCGAGACCAAUUACUUCUUUGAGGUGUCUGCUACAGGUGCGACGGGGGAGUCGAGCGGCCAAGUCACGCCUAAUGGAACCACAAAUGGCACUUCCGCGGAAUCUAAGAGCAAUGGACCUUCACCACUGUAUGGCGCGCUCGAUCGGUUCGCACAGUUCUUUAUUUCGCCACUUUUCUUAGAGAACACACUAGACCGCGAGAUGCAGGCAGUAGAUUCAGAAAACAAGAAGAAUCUGCAGAGCGAUCUGUGGCGUUUGAUGCAGCUCAACAAGUCGCUAUCCAACCCCGAUCACCCCUACAAUCAUUUCUCAACUGGAAAUCUUCAAACAUUAAAGGAGGAGCCGCAGAAACGCGGCGUUGAAAUCCGCAAUGAGUUUAUGAAAUUCUAUGAGAAACAUUAUUCUGCCAACAGGAUGAAGCUGGUGGUAUUGGGCCGUGAAUCAUUGGAUGAAUUGGAAAAGUGGGUAUCAGAGCUGUUCGCUGGUGUCAGUAAUAAGGACCUGCCACAGAACCGGUGGGAUGGCAUCCCGAUCUGGCUGCCAAACGACAUGUGCAAACAGAUCUUCGCUAAACCGGUGAUGGAUACGCGGUCGGUGGAUAUCUACUUCCCGUUCUUGGACGAGGAAAAGCUGUAUGAGUCGCAACCGAGCCGAUACAUUAGCCAUCUUAUUGGCCACGAAGGCCCCGGUAGUAUCCUGGCAUAUAUCAAAGCAAAGGGAUGGGCGAAUGGGUUAUCUGCCGGUGUGAUGCCGGUUUGCCCUGGAGCUGCAUUCUUUACUGUUUCUGUUCGGCUGACGCAGGAAGGACUACAGCAGUACCAGCAGGUUGUAAAGGUGAUAUUUGAGUACAUUGCAAUGAUCAAAGAACGCGAGCCUGAGGCAUGGAUUUUCGAGGAGAUGAAGAACCUGGCCGAGGUGGAGUUCAAGUUCAAGCAAAAGUCGCCUGCCAGCCGCUUCACGAGCCGCCUGAGCAGCGUCAUGCAGAAGCCUCUGCCGCGGGAAUGGCUACUUAGUGGGUCGCUCCUCAGGAAGUUCGACCCGGAGGCGAUCAAGAAGGCCCUCUCAUACCUUCGUGAGGACAACUUCAAGUUGAUUGUUGUUGCGCAAGACUACCCAGGCGACUGGGACACUAAGGAGAAAUGGUACGGAACUGAAUACAAGGUCGAAGAUGUUCCCAAGGACUUCAUGUCCGGCAUUCGGGCGGCGCUGGACACUACUCCGGAAACACGCCUGAAGGAGUUGCAUAUGCCCCAUAAGAACGAGUUCGUUCCCACUAGGCUCUCGGUGGAGAAGAAGGAGGUGUCCGAGCCUCAGAAGACGCCCAAGCUCAUCCGCCACGACGACCACGUCCGCCUCUGGUUUAAGAAGGACGACCGAUUCUGGGUUCCCAAGGCUACUGUCUUUGUUACUCUUCGGAACCCUCUGGUUUGGGCUACACCCGCCAACCUCGUGAAGUCGAAGCUGUACUGUGAGCUCGUGAGAGAUGCUCUGGUUGAAUAUUCCUACGACGCAGAACUCGCUGGCUUGGAUUACCAUCUCUCCGCCAGCAUCUUUGGGCUUGAUAUCUCCGUCGGAGGCUACAACGAUAAGAUGGCUGUGCUCCUGGAAAAGGUCUUCACAAGCAUGCGUGACCUUGAAAUAAACCCAGACCGCUUCCGGAUCAUCAAGGAGCGUCUGACCCGUAGUUAUAAGAAUGCAGAGUAUCAGCAGCCGUACUACCAGGUUGGAGACUACACUCGGUAUCUGACUGCGGAGCGAGGUUGGCUCAAUGAGCAGUACGCCGCCGAGCUCGACCACAUCGAGGCCGAGGACAUCAAAUGUUUCUUCCCUCAGAUCCUGCGCCAGAACCAUAUCGAAGUUCUGGCGCAUGGUAACAUCUACAAGGAGGACGCUCUGCGAAUGACUGAUACUGUGGAGUCUAUCCUAAACAGCCGAACUCUGCCUCAGUCCCAGUGGUACGUCAGGCGCAAUGUGAUCAUUCCGCCGGGAUCUGACUACAUUUACGAACGGCCUCUCAAGGAUCCGGCCAAUGUCAACCACUGCAUCGAGUAUUACCUCUUUAUCGGAAGCAUUGCCGAUGAAGUCCUUCGCGCAAAACUCCUACUCUUCGCGCAGAUGACUGAUGAGCCUGCUUUUGACCAACUCCGAAGCAAGGAGCAGCUGGGUUAUGUCGUCUGGAGCGGCGCGCGCUACUCGGCAACCACCAUUGGUUACCGCGUGAUUAUCCAGAGCGAGCGCACUGCUCAGUACCUGGAAUCCCGAAUUGACUCUUUCCUGUCCAACUUUGGAAAGACUCUAGAGACCAUGACGGAGGACGAGUUCGAGGGCCACAAGCGCAGCGUCAUCAACAAGCGACUGGAAAAGCUCAAGAACCUGAGUUCUGAGACAUCACGAUUCUGGAGCCACAUUGGUUCUGAAGACUAUGACUUCCAGCAGAAUGAGACCGACGCUGCUCGUGUCCGCGCCUUGACCAAGUCAGACAUUCUCGACUUUUACAAGCAAAUGAUUGACCCUGCCUCUCCUACCCGAGGCAAGCUCUCGAUCCACCUGAAAGCUCAAGCUGGUGCACACGCCGUUGAGCUCAAGGAACAAAAAGCACGCCUGCUCUCCUUCGUCACCAAGCAGCUCGAGGCAGCUGGUUUUGCAGCAGAUAGCGACAGUCUCGGCAUCGCACUGGAGGGUGUCUCCCCCGGCGACAAGGAGCAGGUCCUGUCCGUCCUCAAAACAUUCCUCACUUCCACAUUGAACCUCUCUGAACAGCAGGUCGGCCCUGCUCUUGAAACCAUUGGGCAAAACUUCGGUUUGAUGUCGAAGCAGCUUGGUGUUGAGUCCAAACAAGGCUCUGAGGGGUCCAGCCUUACCAACCGCACUAAAGCCGCACGCCCGACUUAUAUCACAAACGUCGCCGACUUUAAGGCACGCCUGGCUGUUAGUACUGGGCCCAACCCCAUUACAAAUCUCACCGAAUUUGAGGAUUUUGAGGCCAAACUUUAGAUUUUCUUGGUUAGAUAUUUGGUAUUAGGGUAUGCAUCAUUCGCUUUGGUUCGGUCAGUGUGGCAUGGUGGUGGCUGGCGGGCUUGGUAACGGAUUUUACGAGUUGUAGAAAUAAAGUCUUGCAGUCC